CCCGCCCUCGCCGCCGCUACUUUUGCCAGCUUCUCCGCAGAUAAAUAUGUGUAUUCUCAUUUCGCUGCAAGAAGGCAUAGGUGAUGUGUGGCAGCAGACUUUACGCUCAUCGCAAGCCCGCACCACGGAGAUGGGACCAGUGGCAGCGCGCUGCCGAAGAGGCAAGCAGAGGAGAACGUCGUUAGGCGUUUACACCCUGUGACGGCAGCCUGAGGUGUAUUGUUUUCAUGCAUGGAUGAAUGCGACUUUUCAUGCGACCGGAUCACCAUCAUGGUCAACGGCGAAGCGACGUGGCUGGGCACGCUGCAGCGGCUACGCGAAAAGUUCGGCCAGGGCUACCGACUCGAGUUCCUGCUCAAGCACACGGAGGCGGCAGAUGCGCCCAAGCUCAAGAAAGCUGUGGCAGAAGUCUUCCCCACAGCCCAGCUCAAGGACGACAACAAGAAUCUUCUUGGCUACUACCUGAUGGAGCAAAUACCUUGGAGCGAGCUCUUUACCAAGGUGGGGCAACUCCAGCAAAAUUUUCCCCUUGAACACGUCCUGGUCGGGGAGAACACCCUCGAAGACAUAUUCUUGAACUUUGCCAGAUUGCAGGGAUGUCCCUCUCUUCCUGGCGGUUUCGCUUAACUAGACGUUGGUGGGAGAGUGUUGAGCAGCAGGGCCACGUCCAGCUUCUAGACGCAACUCCGGCUGCUGCAAGUUGCUUCGCGAGGCAAGCAAUAAAGGCCUUUCUGACAUGGAACGCUUGGAGUUGGAUAAUUUUUUUGCACUGCUUAUGAACACUGGCCAUCAAAGCCUGAUUGAAACAUAGAAUGAUGAAAUAAGGAAUAAAAG